UGGGCGGGAUUUGUUGUGAAAACCUGGCAACCCGCACGUGCUAGAGCUAUACUUGCAAAGCAUUUUGGGAAUCCGCGGCACAAACAUUUUAGGCGCCAGAAUUCUUUGCAUGGAGGAAAGAAGAACGCAGUGUUCAAGAUGUUGUCUUAUAAACUGCAAUAGUCGUUCUAACGAUAGAAGUGGCAUAAAGCUUAAGAACGGAAUAUCCUUUUAUCGUGUUCCAGUGUGGAAAAAUAAAAGUACAAGCCAUGUUUCACAGGCGAUAAAAGGCGACGAAUGGCAAGGAUAGCACUCCACCACACAUGAUGGUGUGUUCAAAGCAUUUUCGCAAAGGAAUAUCCAGACUUUUAUUUUGACAUCGGUAGUGAGUCAUCAGUUCAGACUGCACUGCAGCGAUGGCAUCCUCUGCAGAUGUCCACGUCCGAAUAUGUGAACAAGAAAUCAUCAAGUAUGAUUUAGAGAUAAAAGCUCUCAUUCAGGAUGUCAGUGAAUGCACAGGACCACAAAGCAAACUGACAGAUUUCAAUUUACGAGUAAAAGAAAAAUUCAGCAAUCUUAGACAGCGUAUUCAGGAUUUGGAGCAAAUGGGAAAAGAACAGGACAAAGAGUCUGACAAGCUGACGCUACUCAAUAAAGCAGAAGGACAUCGGAAACAGAUGCUUAGUAAUCAGACCGCUUGGAGGAAGGCCAAUCUCGCCUGUAAACUCUCCAUUGAUAAGCUAGAGAAGGAAGAUUUGUUAAAUUCAGAGGACAUGUCAAUAAGACACAGAAAGAUGACUAAAGAAAGCCUCGCUCAGACCUCCAGUGGCAUCACAGAGAGUCUGAUGAGCAUCAGCCGGAUGAUGGCACAGCAGGUCCAGCAGAGCGAGGAGACCAUGAGCACAUUAGCGACGUCUUCCAGGACGGUGCAUGAAACGAAUGAAGAGUUUAAAGCCAUGACAGGAACUAUACAGCUGGGCAGAAAGCUGAUCAUUAAAUACAAUCGACGGGAACUUACGGACAAGCUGCUUAUUUUCCUCGCUCUCGCGCUCUUCCUGGCUACAGUCUUGUACAUCCUGAAGAAAAGACUUUUUCCUUUCUUUUAAAUGCAGAGCAAUGAAUAGCCUAUGAUGCAUAAAGGAUUAAAGAAGAGAAAGGCACCUACAAGCCGUAAAACCUUUUUGUUUUCCUGGUGAAACUGUUGAUCAUGAAAAAUUUAUAUGACAAAGCGUUGACUGACGAAGCUAUUAAAGCAGCAACUAAUUCGUCUUAUCAUCUUGUAGGUGUCAUAAGUUAUUUUUAUACCAUAACAUGUUAAACCUGCUAAAUGCAUAUAUAUAUCACUUUUUGUGCUUAACUAUAAAUGAUGCUUCAUAUAUUUAUGAUAAUGAUAAUGUUAGGUUUAAAAUGUUAGCUUGAAUGCAUUGUAAGUAGCUUUAGAUAAGUGUAAAUGCAUUAGUUUAAAUUUAAUAAUUAAGAGUACAAUAAAGAGAAAUUUUGUGAAGUACGGCAAAAAUCUUGCAAAAGAAGUGAAUUAUGAAUUGUAAAACGUUUUACAGUGUAAGCCUAUUAUUAUUUCUUAUGACAAAUCUGGAAAUCAAAUAUUGUUUCAUGGGUUUUUAAUUAGUGAUGUUGCUAAAAAAAAAAAAAAAAGAUUUAAAGGAGUCUUGGAAAUGAGAUUGGAAAGCCUAAAAGUCAAAAUAGUUUAUGAAUAGUUUAUUUUAUUUAAUCUGCUGUUCAAAAGUUAUAUUUUCUUAUCUCUUCUGCUCGCCAAGGCUGCAUUUAUUUGAUCAAAAAUAUAGUAAAAACAGUAUUAUAGUGAAAUAUUAUAAAUAACUGUUUUAUUCUGAAUAUGUUCAAAUGUAAUUUAUUAUAUUAUGUGAUGGCAAAGCUGAAUUUUCAGCAUCAUUACUCCAGUCUAAAGUGUCACAUGAUCCUUCAGAAAUCAUUCUGAUUUGCUGAUCUGAAACAUUGUUUAUAUUUUUGAUGAAUAGAAAGUGAAAACAUAAAUGUCUUUAAUGUCUCUUUUGAAUAAUUUAAUGUGUCCUUACUGAAUAAAAGCAUAAUUUACUAACUCAAAA